UUUACUUUUUUUUUUCCUAUUGCGUACAAAUUAUAGAUACAUCAGACUAUCUUCUUUCUCUGAGAAAAAGCAUUCAAACUGUUUGAACUUGUAUCUUUCGAGAGUAUUGCAAAUUCGAAAGUCAUGUUUGGCAUAUGGAAGAAGAAGAAGAAGAAGAAGAAGAAGAAGAAGAAGGAGAAGGAGAUAUCAGUAUUAGAGAGUGCAAACGUUGACAAGAUAUUUCGACGUUCAAAUCAGCCGCGCACUGUGAGAUUCACGAUUAAACUGAUGAGCCGACGAUAUUUUUCAUUUCCAAACUUUCGCAGUUGGAAAGACAUGUUUGGCAAAUGGAAGAAGACGAAGAAGCUGGCCAAUAUGCGAGUAGUAAUGCCGCUUGGUGACCAGUUUCCACCUCCACAAAACAGCGACGGCUAUGAAAUAAUCCAGCUUGAAGUCCGACGAUAUGUUCCAAUUUCAGACAUUGACACGUCUUGCCCUAUUUUCUCCUUUGUCUUGCGGUGCCUACAAGAAUUUGAAGAUAGAAGGACCCAGAACGGGCACGGUGGCACGAGCCAAGAAGGUUAGGAAGACCAUUCGCAGGCUGCUGGAUUACCUAAUGACACCUCCUCCUUGUGUUCGUCAGACAAAGAUGGUGACAGAUCAAUAGGAAGACUAGUAGCCUUUUAAGUUAUUUUGUAGGUCGUUGGUUUAUUAGAAGAGCUAUUUUUGUUGUUGGUUUUGGUUGUGGUUGUGGUUGUGGUCUUGAAUUAAUGAUGCCCAAUUGUAUCCGGGUACGAAGAAACUCUACAAGACUGUGGGCUUAACAAAGCCAUUAGCCACCACUAGUGCUACCGGAACUGAGUUGAACCGGUGAAAUACAACAUGAACAAAAUAAAUUGUACAUCUAAUCAAGUUAAUCACAGGGCUUAUGAUGUAUGGAGUGCCUAAUGU